UCUUUCUGUUACAAUAUUGUUAUGUCAAAUGACUUUGAUAUAACGCGGUUCAUUCGAUUUUCCGAACGAAUUUUAGCGAAAAUAAUUAAAAAUAAAAUAUUGUUGUGAAUUUAAUGCAUAAUUUAAUUGAACGUUUAAUUUUCAAUUAAUGUUUUAGCUUCUUAUGUGUUUCAGUGUUAAUUGAGUUGUAUUUUUUUUUAAUGUCAGUGCUCAUAACCUUGUAUCAGGAAAAAAUAUUUCAAUUAAUAAUUGGAUAAGCCGUAUAACUAUAUCAUAAGAAGGAAGUUUACAACAGAUAAUAAUGUUCAACUCCAGUUUAAGAAGCUACAAGGUCAUAAAUAUAAAAACAUUUUUGCUAAAAACAAAUCAAUAUUCAAACGGAUCUAUUAACGUAACGUCAUGUUUAUGUGGACAUUCAUAUUUAAAAAACAAAAGAAACUCAGACAGAGUUCAAUUGAAAAAUGUGAGAGUUCAUUCAACGCAGAGCGAUCAACGUAGACAGAAAGUCGUAAUUGAAACAUCCACUCCUAAGAUUGUGAUACACAAAAUUAAAGAUAAGGUGUUGCCAGAUGAAAAAGAAGCUGAGGCGAGUUUAAGGCUAGCUUGGAAGGAGAAAAUAAAUCCAUAUAUAAAGCUGGCAAGAUGGGAUAAGCCGAUUGGUGUAUAUCUCUUAUACUGGCCAUGUUCGUGGUCAAUAGCCUUAGGUUCCUUAUCGGGUACAGUUCCUUUGAGCACGAGCUUGGAGACAGCGGGACUGUUUCUUAUCGGUGCUGGUUUGAUGAGGGGAGCUGGGUGUACUAUUAAUGAUUUAUGGGAUAAAGAUGUGGACGCACAGGUGGAAAGAACGAAAGAUAGACCGCUGGUUUCUGGAGCGCUGUCAAAUAAGCAGGCCUUUGGUUUCCUAGCCGUACAAUUGGGUCUAGCUCUUGGAGUGUUGUUACAAUUGAAUUGUUACAGCGUGGCCCUGGGAGCGACGAGUAUGAUUCUAGUCAUAACCUACCCCUUAGCUAAACGUUUCACGAAUUACCCCCAAAUCUUCUUGGGAGCAACUUUCAACUGGGGAGCCUUGCUCGGCUAUUCGGCCGUUACGGGAUACAUCCAGCCAGAAGUGUGCAUACCUCUAUAUCUAUCAGCUCUGUCGUGGACGGUUUUGUAUGACACGAUAUACGCGCAUCAGGAUAAACACGACGACGCACGUCUUGGUAUAAAAUCGACAGCGCUAACGUUCGGCGAGCACACGAAACCUUCUCUAACCGGAGCUCUGGCAAUCAGCCUGUCUGGCUUGAUACUGGCAGGCCAGGCUGCCCAUAUGUCGGUGCCGUAUUAUGUAGCUCUUGCGAUGUAUGCGGCACAUGGUGGUAGACAGAUAUACACCUUAAAUCCAGACAGUGCGGAUGAUUGCUCAAAAAAAUUCAAAUCAAACUCAAUGGUAGGCUUUAUUAUACUUUUAGGCAUUUUAGGAGGGGGCUAUCGCCAAUAUAUAGGAAAUAGGGAGAGAAAUCGUGGUAAGGAAGACGUUAGUGUAACUAAGAGCUGUCUCUUUAGCUCGUAAGUUUUGGGUGUAGUAUUGUUUGCCAGUAAAUAAAAUAAUACCGAAUAUUGAUCAUGGAAUAUUAUCGUGGAAACAGGGUUUGCAAUAUUGCUGCUUUCUGCCAUUACAAUAUGAAAAUGUUUAGACAUAUUCGAAUACCUAUUUAGUUCGUUAAUUUAUGAAAUAAUGUUAAUCUUUGCGUCAAAAUAAUUUGAUA